AUGGGUACCGACUGUCCUGACAAGACCGAUAACCACAUUUUGGACGAAAAGUCGGCAGCCCCCGUAGGGGCGAUUGAUCAGGUGUUGGCUAUGCUCGGGGACCUAUCCGAUCGGAUGAAUCGGAUGGAGGUCGCCCGGAAGGAGCAAAGUGAAAGGACCAAAAGGGGUCACAGGAGUCAAUCUUCGGUUCGGCCCUGGGAGUUGUAG